CACUAGCAAUGCGACUCGUUUAGUCGUCGUUCGCCCUUGAUCCCAUCCGUCACGAGAACGUCGGAUCGAGCAAGCCAAUCUUUCACGCGACCGGCGCAUCUCGCCGCGCUUCGCAACCAUCAUGGAUUCCAGUGCGCCCAACGGGGGCUUAUCGCCUCGGACUUUUGCGAUGCAGCACCAGCGUCCACGCGCUAGUUUUCAGGGAUGUUCACGAAUCUCUGACUACGAACUCCUCGGAAAGCUGGGCGAGGGUACUUUUGGUGAAGUCCAUCAUGCGAGAUCUCGAAAGACCAACGCUCACGUCGCCGUCAAGAAGAUCAUCAUGCACCAUGAAAAGGAUGGCUUCCCCAUCACGGCAUUGCGAGAAAUCAAACUUCUGAAACUGCUCUCCCACAAAAAUGUCCUGCAGCUGGUGGACAUGGCUGUGGAGCACCCUCAGAGAGCCAGCGACAAGCGCAAGCGCCCGAUUAUGUACAUGGCAACUCCGUACAUGGAUCACGAUUUGUCGGGCCUUCUCGACAACCCUUCUGUUCAUUUCACCGAACCGCAGAUCAAAUGUUACAUGCUGCAGCUCCUCGAAGGAUUGCGAUAUCUGCACGACCAACAUAUCCUGCAUCGAGACAUGAAGGCUGCCAAUCUUCUCAUCAACAACAAAGGCAUUCUCCAGAUUGCCGACUUCGGUCUGGCAAGACACUACGAAGGGCCUACGCCCAAGCCUGGACACGGUGCCGGGGAGGGGAAAAGGGAAUACACUGGCCUUGUCGUCACUAGGUGGUACAGACCCCCGGAAUUGCUGCUUCAGCUGAAACGCUACACAACCGCUAUUGACGUCUGGGGUGUUGGCUGUGUCUUUGGCGAAAUGCUCGUGGGAAAGCCAAUUCUAGCUGGUGAGAGCGAUACCCACCAGCUCGACAUAAUUUGGGAUCUGAUGGGGUCGCCCACACCGGAGAAUAUGCCCCUAUUCAACACUCUUCCUGGCGCCGAAACAGUGGCCCCACGCUCUCGGCCUGGCAGCAUAUCCAACAAGUUCAGAGAGUACGGAACCGGAGCAGUCUCUUUGCUUAAGGAGCUUCUUAGACUCGAUUGGAGAAGUCGCAUCAAUGCCGCCGAUGCGCUGAAUCAUCCGUACUUCAAGAUGGCUCCCAUGCCAGCCGAACCAGGAGACUUACCCACCUUCGAGGCCAGUCACGAACUAGACAGGCGAAAGUUCCACGACCGUCAAGCGAAACUCCCACCGGCGCCUAAGGGAGGCACGGUAGGCAUGGGGCCCGAGGCGCAUGGUGCAAAUGUCGGAUUCAACAAUACCGAUGCUUACAACAAUCGCAAUGGUGUAAACGGUCGCAAUGCCAAUGUACCCGGCGGUCACAGAAACGGCAGCGAUGAGCGCCGACCAGCUUGGCAGCGCGACAAUAGAGGCUUACCUCCGCGACCGCCCCCACCUGAGUAUGCUAAUGGGGGCCCCAUGCCGCCCCGCGAAGACUACCGAGACAGAGACAGAGAUAGGAGGCCGAGAAGUCGGGGAGGAAGAGCUCCUGAUGUAGACACGUAUAUCCCGAGCUACAGAGAUGAUGUUCCUCCAAGGCACAGAGACGACCGACCUCCUCGCGACCGACGCCGCAAUAGUAGAGAUGAGCGAUGGCACGAUCGAGACUGGGAUCGCCGGACGCGUAGCCGUAGUCGCUCUCCCAUGCGAGAACGGGACGCGUACCGCAGAUGAGAUUGCGGCCUGUACAAAAGACAGUAUAAUAUCGAAUGGCAGGAUAGCUCGGCGAAGCACUGGGACAGGCGUUUGGGGGCGGGAGCAUAAUUCCAAGCAAGGCUGGUAUAUAAGUGAUUCCCCGGUAAUGAAUGCUUCCCUUCCCUGCAGCAUAUGGUAUAUGUAAAGAAAGGCCGAAUUACAAAAUCAAAUCUCUGAAUCAUCGUCGUCCUCCUCGUGAAUUGUUUGCGACCAGAGUCCAGGAGUUCGCCUCCGUCUCUUUGGAGGA